UCUGGAGCUGUGUCGUUUUCAACGUCUCAGCGCUUUCAGUUCCGUGAAUUUAAGCCACCCUUUGCUCUAAAUAUGUUUCUUGAGCCACAUGCCCUCCUUCUCAACUCUUUGCCCUGAAGCAACCAACUGACGCGCACAAUCUUUAUCGUCAUAUUCUUUUCCCUCUGUGCACACCUAAUUCCACACAUCUUAACAAAAAAGUGCGUGAAAGCAACGUAGACGAGAAAUAGAAACGUCAAACAGGGGUGCUAUGCUUAUUCUGUUUCUUCGAAAAUCAACCGUUAAUUGCAAGUACAGCCCGUGUUUGUCGUUUCUCUUUCUCGUCUACGUCUCUUUCACGCACUUUUACGUUAAGGUUGAACCACACCAACUCGCCCAACUCUGAGUUUUCAUAAUUCCGCACACUUCUGCACUUCACUCACCCCACCAUCACUGAAACUGACGGAAUCUUUGCCCCGGGCACCAACAUCAAUAACCGUUGGACAAAUAAAGUUCGUUCCUAUCCUAUCCUUGCGCGGCCAAUUCUUCUCCAGGAAGUUCUGUCACUGUACAAGUGAGAAGUGACCAUCAUCAUCAACUUUGUGCUACCAGCCUCAGAAGAAGAAGAAGAAGAAGAACGAGGAGGGGAAAUUGGAAGGUCCUUGCAGUGCUGGCGGCGGUAGGCGGGGUGGGUUCGGGACGACUACAGUGCGCACUUUUAGCUGGUGAAGCUGCGGCUUUUCGAGGCUUAAGAUGGAGGGCAACAGCAGCGCAGAAGGCGCACGCGCUUACUUCACGGAGCGGGAGUGGGCCAAACUUCCCGAGUACUCCAAAGUUCGCUAUGGCAACAUCAAGCAAAACUACGACAAGAUGGUCGAACUGGGUCUUCAGCCACCAGUUCCUGAGUUUCUGAAUGGCAAGCCUGCAGCUCGUAAAGUUCCAGCAAAGUCAAAAGCCAGUGGCUCAAGUGGCCACAAAGCAAAGCGCACGACCUGUGACUCGCAGCCCGAAUCACCAAUACCAAAGACAGGUCCAGUUAGGUGCGCGACACGGACGCAGGCGACAAAGAACGCCUCGGUACAGGAUGAUGCGCAAACGGGCGGCUCGAGCAAUCCUCGCUACUCGAAGCGAAACCGGAAGGACGUCCAAUACACUGAGAGUGAAGAAGCAUCGGGAGAUGAGAGUCCACCUAGUAUAGCCGGCACCUCCAGCAAAACGCCCCAACCGACUCGAAGACUUCCUGUAAAGCGCUCGGAAAGCGAAGCGGCCGGCAACAAACAGUACAAGUGUCGCGAUGGCUGCUCUCGAGACCAACCUAGUCAAUGCCCAGUGCAUGGACCGUCGUUUUGCGUCAAGGGGGUGCCCAUCAAAGACUUCGAGCGAGCCACGAAGAGUCUGCCCGAAGGCCUCGCUGUACUUCGUUCGAAGAUUUGGGGUGCGCAGCUUGGAAUCUUCACGGUGGUGCCGCUUGCCGCGGGCCAUUGCUUCGGUCCCUACGCCCACUCCAGUGGGAAGGAUAGUGAGGACAAUGAAGCCAUGGACCAGGAACUGUGUGAGAGGGAAACUCCGCAGCCUGAUGAGAACAGCCCUCGAGUAGCAAGGUGGAUCCGCUACGUUAACUGUGCUCCCAUCGAGUCCCGGCGUAAUCUCGUUGUGCUGGAAAAAGCGGGGUACCUCUACUACCAGACGUGCCAGCCCCUGGAACCAGCCGAGGAGCUCUUGUUAUGGUGCGGCGCGCCACCACCAAUCCGGGAAUUCGGGCAAGGUCUUCAGGACGCGGUGCGAAGUUGGAGGGCGGCAUUUAACUGCGUCACCUGCGGCUACUCUUGCUCAUCGAAGUGGCAGUUGGACAGGCACCGUGAGACGACGCACCCUUCAACAGAGUACGACGAAAUGGACGACCAAAGCGGCAAAUCUGAGAAGUCCUUCUCGUGCGACGUCUGUUGCAAAGGGUUCACUACACGAGUGGGGCUCGAUCGCCACAUUGUAACCCACGUGACAAGGAAGCCCUUUAAGUGCGAAGAGUGCACCGAACGAUUCACUCAGGCAGUCUGCCUGACGCGCCACCGGAAGAUUCACACGGGCGAGCUGAUGUAUAAGUGCUUCGAGUGCGGCCGGCAGUUCAGCAUGGUCUCGCACUUCAAGAGCCACGUCCUCUCCCACUCGGCGUCGAAGUCGUACUUCUGCCGAGUCUGCAAGAGGGCGUUCACCAGAAAGUGCCACUGCAUCAGGCACGAGCUGACAAUGCACGGCAAAAGAUGAGAUUAGUGCCUUGUACUCCGGCAGGUGUAAAUCCAAAGCGCCAAGGAAGUCCAUCGCGAAUAGUAGUUUUUAGAAUAGACGUGCGAAACGCUGCACAGCGGACGCUUGGUGACUCGAACGAAAUUGCAGUCGAUCCAAAUUGGAUACACGAAUAAACGAAGCGCUUA